UAAGGUCAAGACACUGAAGGCGAAGUUUUAUUAGUUACCUGACAGAGGACGAAAUGAAGUCUCUUUUUCAUAUCACAGUGGUUUUGAUUGUCUUCACAUUCACACAAUGUUAUGGCUUCCGAAAAGGAGGUUUAGGUUUUGGAUUAAGACGAAGGUACAGACCAUGUCGUAUCAAGUUCCCAAUCAUAUGUGGUUCUGAUGGAAAAACCUAUCGGGGUGUCUGUGAGCUUAAUCGUGCAAGAUUGAGAAGCAGGAAGAGUAUUAAAAUUGUGAAGCUCGGAAAAUGUCCAACAUGUCAAAUAAAAGAACCGGUCAAUUGUUUAGUCCCAGGAUGUUUCCGUCCGUCAUGCAAAGCCUAUCCUAAAGCCAUUUGUGUUAGCUUUUGUGGCUGCGAUUCUCAAUACUUUUACAGAGGAAGAAAAGUUGACUGCAACCAAGCUAGAAAGGUUAAUCCUUGUAAGUUCAAAUCCUGUGGAAGUGGAGGUAUAUGCAAAGUUGUGAAACAGAAAGCUGUUUGUGUAUUAAGAGGAGUUGCGUGCUCUUUACCAAAAAUUGUUGGUCCGUGCAGAGCCAGAAUUUUACGAUUUUACUACAAUUCACAAACACGACAAUGUGAACGGUUUUAUUAUGGCGGUUGCCGUGGUAAUAGAAAUAAUUUCAAGACAAAAGAGUUUUGCGAAGAAACUUGCAAAACUGACAGAGACUUGUGCACCUUACCAGCUGUUCCAGGCCCUUGUGAGGCACAUAUAGAACGUUAUUUCUACAACAGUUCAACUUCAAAAUGUGAAAAGUUUUAUUACGGAGGUUGCGAAGGAAAUGAAAACAACUUUGAGACGAUAAUGCAAUGCAAAAAGAGUUGUAAACAUACUGCCACGGGUAAUCUAUGUGCGUUGGUGUUAUGCGGAGGUAAUGGAAGAUGUAAAGUUGAAAAUGGAAAACCUGUAUGCGUAUCACCAGAAAAUCCAUGUCUUGCUGUGAAGUGCAGCCCACGGACAACAUGUGGAACAGAAAACAACAAACCUUUCUGCAGGCCAGAUUUUUGUUUGCUACCGAGUAAAACCGGACCAUGCAGAGCAAGAAAGCCACGCUACUUCUAUAACAGGAAAACUGGAAGAUGCGAAGGAUUCAUUUACGGCGGCUGUCGUGGCAACAAAAACAACUUUCUGACAAGAGAAGAAUGUAAUAAUCAAUGCAGACGUCAAGGCGCCUGCCCGCCAGGACAGCAAUUCGUUAACUGUUUAGUUCCUCCGUGUCAAAAUGCCAAGUGUCAAGCUUAUCCGGGAGCAAGAUGUAAAAAUAACUAUUGUGGUGGUUGUAAUGCUGACUUUUAUGUGAAUGAUAAGAAAGUAGAGUGCAAUGAUCUUUGUGCAAACGUGAGUUGUAAUGCAAGCAUGGAAUGCAAAGUUAUCCUAGGAGAGGCAAUAUGUAGACCAGUGUUAGCAAACCCGUGUAUCGCCACAUUGUGCUUGGUUGGUACAAGAUGCAUUGUGGAAAAUGGAGAAGGAAAAUGUGUACCCAUUACACCAUUGCCAACCGUUCAUCCGUUGUGUGCCGCUGUCACGUGUUUACGUGGGACGAAAUGCAUUGUAAGAAAUAACCGGCUGAUGUGUGUACCGACCUGUUCAUCCAGUCGUAGAUGCAAGCAGCAAGGGUCGUUUUGUAAUCAGAAGACCGGAGUUUGUGAAUGCCAACGGUUUUGCUUAGCUAUACACGACCCUAGGUGUGGAUCAGAUGGUAGACGAUACGGCAAUCAAUGUAAUCUUGAUGCUGCUGCAUGUAGAAAGAAGACUACCAUUAUUAAUGUUCCAUGUCGCGGAUGAGGCUCUGAGGCACAAGUAUAUCUAACGCAGUCUCUGUUAUAUCAACGAAAUCACGAAAAAAAGAAUAUUGAAAGAAAAAAAGGAACUUAUAUAGGAGGUUAAUAGUUAUCGUAUGUAAUUGUAAAUCACCUGAUUGUCAGUGAUAAAUAAAUUCUACUGCAAAGGAAGAGAAAACGCGAUUAUUUUCACUAGUGAAGCAACCUGAAUGAUUGAUGCAUGAUGCCUAACAAAUAUUAUAUAUACAAAUCGGUGAUCCGUACACGGUAAGGGUACGUCAACACUGACAGAGUAGCGAUAAUUAUAGCGAAAGGAAAAUUUAAGACCGGGCUU